GAUCGAGGAGCAGCAUGAAGAAUAUCCCCGGUAUCUAAGCUAACAGACGGGGAGAGCAUCUCGUCCUCCCUCGCUCGUUCGGGGACGACUGGAAGCGGAGGACAGGAUGGAGGACAGGAUGGAGGAGAAGAAGCAGUUUCUUUGUGGGGUGGUGGAAGGUUUCUAUGGGAGGCCUUGGACUAUGGACCAGAGGAAGGUUCUUUUUCAGUGGAUGCAGAGUUGGGGGUUGAACACCUACCUGUACGGCCCAAAAGAUGACCUCAAACACAGACUGCUGUGGAGAGAAGUCUACUCCCAUGAGGAGGAGGGUCAGUUACGUACUCUCAUAAAGGAGGCUCAGUCAAGAGGCCUGAGGUUUGUUUACGCCCUCUCUCCUGGUCAGGACAUCGUCUUCUCUUCUUCCUGUGACCUGACACUCCUAAAGCGCAAGCUGAGACAGGUGUCAGACCUAGGUUGCCAGGCAUUUGCCAUUCUGUUUGAUGACAUCGACCACUCCAUGUGUCAGGCUGACAGCGAGGCCUUUUCUUCAUUCGCUCAUGCUCAGGUCACUGUAACCAAUGAGAUCUAUCGGUACUUGGGGGAACCACCUGUCUUCCUUUUCUGCCCCACAGAGUACUGUGGAUCUCUGUGUUCUCCCAGUGUAUCAAAGUCUCCCUACCUGCAGACUGUUGGAGAGGACCUGCUGCCAAACAUAACAGUGAUAUGGACAGGAAGUAAGGUCAUCUCCAGGAAACUGUCUGUAGACUGCCUGGCUGAGGUGGAGUCCGUCCUCCAGCGCCCGCCGCUCAUCUGGGACAACCUGCACGCUAAUGACUACGACUCCAGACGUCUCUUCCUGGGACCUUUUAAGGGCCGGGAGCCUCAGCUGAGGAGCCAUCUUCGAGGCCUGUUACUCAACCCCAACUGCGAGUUCGAAGCCAAUUACAUCCCUCUGCAUUCACUGGGGAGCUGGUACCGAGCUGGAAAAGAGGAGAGGAAAGAUGAGGAGUGUGAAUACUGUCCUGAUAGAGCUCUGUCUGCUGCACUUCAUGACUGGAUGGAAGAACUCAACCAACCACUACAAGCAGGUCGACAGAGCUCACGAGCAGACCAGCGUUCCUCUGCUACAACAACUCGCUGCAAAACUCCUGACAGAUCCGACUACCCUUCCACCUUUCGCGGAUCUUCCGCCGUGGCCAAGCUUCCUGUUUUCCCCCUGAACUCCAGCUCACCUCCAACGUCACCUACUAAGGUCAAGGGGGAGACCGACGGACGUGAUGGUGAAAGAAGGAGGUCAAACCAGCCUAGUCAACCCAAUCACCAACCUCCAGGAUCCAGGCCUGGUGCACCCUCUGUUGGAGGCAGGGGACAGAAGGCCCAGGGUCAGGGGCUCUGUGCUGGGAAGGGCCUGCUAAGUGAGUCCCAGGUGCGGCUGCUGGUUGGUCUUUAUUAUCUACCCCACGAGCAUGGCCCAUCUGCCCAGAAACUGCUGCAGGACCUGACCUGGCUGAAAGCAAACUGCCACCUGGUCAGCGCAAACAGCAAAAAGACAACGCCUCAGAAGAUUGACGAGUGGCGUGGCCGUUCCUCCAGGGUCCUGUCUUUGUGUGAAGACAUAGCACAGCUCCACUGCAGCGUGGUGGGUGGGGCCAACAGGGCAGUGCUCUACGACCUUUACCCUUAUGUGUGGGACCUGAGGAACACGGCUCUGCUGGCAAAAGCAUUCAUAUGCUGGCUGGAUGGACGAGUGUUGAGCGACAGCUCCACGCUGGGCACCUGGAGGAACUGCUUCCACUGGUGCGGUAAGACCACAGGGGCAGACCUACUGGGAGUGGAGUCAGAGCCAUGGGCGUUCAAAGGGGGUGUGUCUGGGGAAGUGCAGAUGCUUCUCCCAAUAGGCAGCAGCAGUGAACUCUUCACUCAUCCUCCUCCUCUCUUCCCUACCUCUCGUCUCUACAACAUCAGGCCCUACCACAGCAAGGACAAGUUGGAGUUAUAUCGGAUGGUGCGCCAACUCCACCUGAGGACUCAGGGCGGCCAAGAGUCCACCUCUGCUCAUCCAGAUGUUAUAGGAGACAGAUGUCUUGGGCCGUGCCUGGCACUGUGCCCGGAGUACAGUUUCAUCCUGGAGGACGAGCUGGGUGUGUGUGGCUGCGUGUUGGGCAUCUUGGAUGUGCGCUCCUUUGCCAAGAGGUGCCAGGCCAGCUGGAUGCCUGCCAUGAGAGACAAAUACCCGCCUAAAGGGGGCAACACACACCCCAACACGCAGGACCUGAUCCAGCUGAUGGAGGAGGACCAGGGAGAAUACCCAGACUCUCUCCUCUAUCACUUCCCCUCUCAGCUGCGACUGGACGCCCUGCCUGAGCUGGUUGACAUCAGCGUCAGCCGGACACUGCUCACCGCCCUGCUCACUGCACUUAAGGCCAACGGUUCUCAGGGUGUGUUCUGUGAGGUGCAGCCAACAGACCGUCAGAGGCUGGAGUUCUUGACCAAACUGGGCUUCCUGGAGAUCCUGAGAGGAGAAGCUAGGAGCAGAGAGGGAGUGGUGCUGGGGAGGCUGCUCUGAAAAUAAACACACAAACACUCACACACAUACACAUACACACCACCAUAAACACAUAAAGACGAUGUAUCUGCUAUAUGGGUGCAAGUACCCAUACAGCAGAUACAGAGAAGCGCUUAUACACACAGAAAGGUGUUAGAAACACAGUACGCACAGUACAGUGUAGAGACGGCUAAACUCUGCAAAGACACGGGAUGUGCAUUUUCUCCUGCAAGAGAGAAAAACUUCUUUAAGGGACAAUCCUGGAUUCGUUUGAGUCUGUGUGGCAGCAGUAAUGGGGAUGAACCCAGAGAUUUCUGAGGGAUUUAGAAAAUAUAAAAUAAGCUUUGAGUUGAAACCUUCAGCAGAGCCGUGCUAAUCUUUCCUCGGAUUCCACCCCUUCGCUACGGAUUACAAGAGUUAGUCAAGUUACAAGAAAGUCAACAGCAGAAUAGUUUGAGACGGGAGCAGAGCAGGAGAUCACAGCUGUGUGUGGCACAUGUCAAGCUAAUCAAUAGUUUAUCAUCCAACUCUGGGAGUUCUCUCUGCAUUUUAGCAUCUUUCAGCUCUUGUUUUAGUUUUCUGACCCACUCUUUGCAGCUUAAUUUAACAAGUCUAUGAAAGCAAAUAAUAUUUUCCAAAAUUUCUAGCGAUUCCUUUAAUCUGACUAAGAAUAAUCCCCUCAAUUAAGCUGUUUCAAUCGAUCUUGUGCUCUGCUCCCUCUGUUUUGCUCAUAAACAAUAAUUUUAUUCCUAAUAGUUAGGUUUGUUGUUUUCUAGCUUCUGUCCUGUUGGUUAAAAAAAGUCAGCUGACAGCAGGCUAGACCCAGGCACAGCGUCACUGUUUACACUUGAUUAGAUUAGGUGAAUGUUUACAUGCAUGAAGAACAAAACAUUGUGGGAAAAACAACAUUCACAAAGUAGGAUUACAUCAACGCAAAAACACAUUUAUAAUUUCAAUAGGAUGCUCUAACAUGGCAACAUUAUUGAAGAUUUUUUCCCAUUGGACUUUUCUCAACCAUUACAGCUAUAAAGACUUAGGAGAAACCAGAACAAAAUGCAAGUGCAUGCAUGCUAAAAUACAUCAGAAAUAGAAAAAACAAGUAAAAUCAUCAAGUUUUUUAUAGAUUGUGCAUGAAAACCAUCAUGCAGACAUACAAGGUACAAACACACACACACACACACACACAUACACACACAUACACACACACUUAUCUGAAGUUUACACUGGGUUCAAUUGGAUAUAAGAGAUACCUCUUCCUCAUGUCAUCGUCAGAUACUGUAAACAUCACAUGUGAGCAUGUAUGGUGUCUGUGUGUGUGAUACCGAUUAAGACAGCCAUGUCAUUCUGCCUUUAUUCUGAACCAUAACGAACACAACCAUACAUGCAGACACACACACUCAAAACACAAACACACACGGUCAUGCUAAAAGAAGCACAACAGCACUCACAAUCAAAUCUUCAAUUGAAAGUACGUAGAACUACGAAUGUUCAUUCUUUUGUAACGCAGCUUAAAAAGACACAAGUACCGUUUGUGCAAGUAUUUAUAUUUCUACUUUUUUUCUUAUGCUUGAUCAAUCACAGACUGAGAGGCACUUUUGUAUGUUUCAUCCUGUUACUAACCUCAUCACCACUGUCUGUGAGGUAAUUAACGAUAAAGAAGAAUUUAGUCCCAGAACUAAAACUGACGUAGACAAAAAAAUAAAAAAAAUAAUCCUGACAGCACUGAAAGAGAAAUGCAUGAUGAUAGAAAACAAAUGUUAUUGUUUGUGACAGUGUUUUCAUUUCACCUGUAUGAAAA